UGCUGCGCUAGCGGCAGCGGCGGCUUGGCGGGACCGAGGGCACGAGCGGCCGAGACCAUGGCUGGAGGCAAAGCUGGAAAGGACAGUGGGAAGGCCAAGGCCAAGGCAGUGUCUCGCUCACAGAGAGCUGGGCUACAGUUUCCUGUGGGCCGCAUCCAUAGACAUUUGAAGACUCGUACCACGAGCCACGGAAGGGUCGGUGCCACUGCUGCAGUGUAUAGUGCUGCAAUUCUGGAGUACCUCACCGCUGAGGUGCUGGAGCUGGCAGGUAAUGCAUCCAAGGAUCUCAAAGUUAAGCGGAUCACUCCACGCCACUUGCAGCUUGCAAUCCGUGGUGAUGAAGAGUUGGAUUCUCUUAUCAAAGCUACCAUAGCUGGGGGUGGAGUGAUCCCUCACAUCCACAAGUCUCUGAUUGGAAAGAAGGGACAGCAGAAAACUGCUUAAAACUGUCGUAACCAACGCUCUUCCUCCCUGUCGUUGUACUGUAACGGGACAGAAGAAAUAAUGGGGUUAUGUGGAAUUUUUAAAACAGUUAAAUGGAAAACCAUAGACAAUUACUGUAGACAUGAUAAAAGAAACAUUUGUACGUUCUUAGAAUCGAAGUUUGAUAAAAGUACCUUUUCAUGUGGCAACAGUUGUGUUGAU